AUGCGGAAACCAUAUUAUCAGGUCUAUUCGACUGACGAUUAUAAUCCAGAAAAUGUACGCUAUCCAACAAAAUCUUUGUAUGGUGGUACAAAUGAGUCACCUUAUUAUAUUGAUAAUCAAAAUCCAUCUUGGAUUAAUGGAAUGCCAACACCUUCUAAUUAUUUACCAAACGAUAAUCAUUUACAAUUCAGUGAAUCCAAUUCUUGUUUACCACCCAUGGCCAGUUUUCGAUCUGGUACAUAUGGUUCAAAUGGAACGGAACAAACAGUGCAAACCGGAGAAGCAUUAGGAAAAGCAUUACAAUCUAUCUAUCCAAAUGAUGUUCCAAGCAGUAAUACGUAUUCAUCCACACCAUCGUCUACACCACCACUCAACGGAUCUAGUCAACAAUGGGCAAAUGCAUCUCAGCAGUCACAGCAAUAUCAAAAUCAACUGCAUCCACUUGCAACACUAAUCGAUACAACAGAUGAGCCGUAUUUUUUGCUCAAUCUAACAGAGCCUCCAAGACUCCAAGAUGUCGAUGAUUCAUUGCAUAUUCUACGUAAUAAUAGUCAUUUAUCCGAUCACUAUCAUCAUAUUCAACAUCAACAUCACUCAGGUGGUUAUAACAUGCAUCAUUUACAACAGCCACAACAUUCCAGUGCCGCUUAUUCAGCAUUUUUAAAUCCACAUUUAUCAUCGUCACCAAUUUCAAAUUCAAUGCCACCUCCACCACCACCUUCAACGUCAACAUUACAGUCACAUGAGCAACAAUUAAGAAAUCGUCGUCAAAAUCUAACAGCUGACACCUAUUCAAGUUCUUAUUCGACUAUAGAUGCAAAUCCAUCAUCGACAUCAUCAACAUCAUCAAUCGAAACAAAUGAUCUUAAACUUGAAAAUUUAGAAAAAGUGAAGUUAUCAUCGAAAUCAUUGGAUGUUGAAAAUAAACCACCAUCUCAACAAUCUUCUUCUGCAUCAUCAGCUAUUAAUAAUGAGAAACUAGAUGAUUUUAGUAGACAACAACAAAUUGAUAUUGGAGCUACACAAGAAAAUUCUGCACCUCUCAGUAUUUCAGUUGGAUCUGUAGCAGCAAAUAUUGGAGCCAGUUCUUCGUCAUCAAAAUCAAAAAAUAAUUGUAACACUAGUCCAAACAAUUUAUCAUGUCUAACAAGAGGACCCGGCUCAACUGGGAGUAUUGACGAUAAUGAAAGUCCAGAAGAACGUGAGAGACGAGAAAAAGAUCGACGCGCAGCCAAUAAUGCGAGAGAAAGACUUCGUGUACGAGAUAUCAAUGACGCUUUUAAAGAACUUGGUAGAAUGUGCUCAAUUCAUAUGAGAAAUGAUAAACCCAUUACGAAACUUGGAAUUUUACAACAGGCUGUUAAUCUUAUUACGUCUCUUGAACAACAAGUCCGAGAACGUAAUUUGAAUCCUAAAGCAGCUUGUUUAAGACGACGUGAAGAAGAAAAAGAAGAUUUAAAUGGAAGUAAUGGUGGUGGUGGCGGUGGUGGUGGUGGUAUAAAUGUUAGCGCACAAUCACUUGUUUCACCAUCACCAUCUUUAGAUGGUAAUACAAACUUUAUUGAUCCCAUGCAUCAUUCUAUACCUCCAAAUUAUUGGCAAGGAGUAUGA